UUUGGGAUAACAAACACUAGCAUGCUGGAAAUAACAAACUAGCAUCUUUGUGAUUCACGUGUUUUAUUGAUUUUUACGAGUACGAUACUUAUGGCACGGAUUUGACGCCUACAUGCACGUACUACGUGUAACGUACCGGUCACGUGACUAUAUAAAGUCGCCGGUGUUUUAUAGCUGACAGACAUAUGGCUCGGCAGCGCGGUGGCUGCAUCAGGUCAAGCUGUUCUUUGAUAAAGGUUUUGGACUUUAUAUUUUGCAUCGGGCCGUUGUUGUGAGAGAACACCAUGAAGCUGGUUUUAAGCACGAGCAUGUCCCUGAUUGUUUAUCUGUUGAUGCAGCCCUGCCAGACGUUCAUCGUCAGAGAGGUCUUAGUUAAUGAACCUGUGACCUUCCCGUGUACCUGCUCUGGAAACCAGUCAGAGGUUCUGUGGACCCGCUUCAUUCCCAGAAAAGCCGACAUCGCUACAUGUCACAGCCAGACAUGUCGGAUUGAACAGCGUUGUCUUAGAAGAUUUUCAGUAUCAGGUGACGCGAGUAGAGGAAAUUUCUCCAUGAGGAUCAGUUCAGUGGUCUACAAUGAUGCUGGCUCUUACAGGUGCACUUGUGAUAAAGCUGUAGCUACUGAAGUAAAACUAAGGGUUUAUGUUCCAACAGUUAUAAAGGCUAUCGAAGGGGAGAAUAUCACCCUCCCGUGCUACGGACUCACUCACCAAAGUGUUAAAGAUGUAAAAUGGAUGAAAGCUGGACGACUGUUCCUGCUGUUCAUUCAUAACAGAUCUGUGACCCAUGAGGAAGCCUCAGCAGACAGAUUCAUGAUGUCUGUAGAAGGUUUUCAAGAUGGUGAUCUCUCCCUCCACAUCAAUUCAGUACAACAGUCUGAUGCAGGAUUUUACCAGUGUCUCAUCCACGACGAAGCUUACGAAGGGGAUCCACGAGCCGUGUUACUAAAAGUCGAAGGGAUCCAACCAUUAACCACCACUUGCAAUGAAGUGGUCAUCCUGGCUGUGCUACUUGGAUUGGUUGGCUUUAUAGACAUCACUGGAGCAAUCUUUUACAUUGUGAGAAGAUGCAGAAAAAGUCGCGUGCAAAAAAAUAAAGAGGAACAAAGGUUUCUUCAACCUAAUCAAGAACAGUAGACAGUGAUCUGGCCAACUGCUCUCCUAAAAUGUAUAUCUUAAACGUUUAAGCUAGUGCUUUGUUACAACAUGUGAGGUAUGGGUUGUGUUGUGUGCCCUGUCCUAUCUGUUGUACUUAUUCCUUCAGGUUGGUCCACUCCGUAUUCCAGCCUGGGCUUUUCUGAUGAUCCAGCUACUACCACCUAAUCAUAAUGGCAACCCUAUAAAGCUGGGCUGGGACACAAGCCAGUACCGGCAGCUUUGUUGCUCACUUCACAUUUGGUGUUUGUGUUGUUUCAUUUAGUGUUUUUGCUUCUGUCGAUCCGGUUUCUUUCUACAUUGUAAAACAAUGCUGAAGGCGGCCGGAAUACACAAUAAUGUCCUUUGAACAGUUGAUAUUGAGAGAUGUCUGCUACUGAUGCUCUGUAAAGCCUUCAUAACGGCUAUAAUCUGAGGUGCUGUUAAUUGGUGAUUACUGAGGCUGGUAACUCUAAAUGAACUUCUCCUCUGCAGCAGAGGUCAGUUUUGGUCUUGCUUUACUGAGAUGGUCUUCAUGUGAGCCAGUUUCAUCAUGGUGCUUGAUGGGUUUUGCAAAUGCACUUGACAAUACUGUUCUUGCAAGAACUAUUCCAGAACACCUGACCUUCGUGUCUUAAAAUAACUGACUGGUUUUUUGGUGUCAUUACAUAUGGAUUACUUAAGUCCAUGUGUGUUAUUUCAUAAUUUUGAAAUUUCCAGUAUUAUGUGUAUGUGUAUACUACCAAUACUAUACCAUAAUGUAUAUACUACAAAUUAUUUUUAUAUAUAUAUAUAAAAUAAAAAUAAGGUAGUAGGGGUGUGACUGGCAUUUCUGUUGGGGUCUGUGGGAUUUGUCUCUGUUUUUUUGUUGGUAAGCGAGGUUAGGGAAGGUCAUUGUCUUCUUGUUUGUUUCUUUUUUGUGUGUAGGUUACUUCGUCCCUAAUCCUGAGUUUUUCUUUGUUAUUUUGGCCAUGGUCCACCCUGGGGCGUGUGUGUCCACCUUAUUUCACUGCUGUGUUGUGUCGUUACUCCUAACACUGGGGCAUCAUAUUAAUGUCUCUUCCAUCUCCUUUAAAUAUAUAACCCUGUUCCAUUUCUCACGCUGUGGGUCCCAACCCUAGACUGGGUCAUAACAGCUUUUUUAUCCAGACAUUUUUCUUUAUUUCAAAUUUUACAUUGUACACAUUUAUAGUCACUUUCUGUGUUUUUGCAGGUCAAACAAGUGUGAUUCUGUGAAUUCCAUCUUAUUUAUUCAUAUUUAUGUAUUAUUAGUUAUUAGUUAAAAAAAGGUUUUUUUAAACAAACGAUUCCUCACUUUUUUAUCGUGAGUGUUCAGACAUUUUCAGACAAUAAAAGUGAAUUCGAACAGCUCUAAAAGAAACUCUGUUAUCUCCUUAGUCAUUUCAAGUGUACAACUAUUUCUAAGGCCCUUUCCCAUUCAGAUUUGACCUGGCCCGCCUCCCUUAUAAACCCAACCUGGCAACUGAACCUCAGCAACAUCAUCUCCAAACCACUCACACUCACCUUCUGUCUUGGAGCUCUGAUUACCUGUUUUGUUUUUGAGUCUUACAGCUCACCUUCUAUCAUAGGAAAGUUAUUUCUACCUACUUAGGACCUUAUUCCCUAUGCUUUGUACACUCUCUGUGAUAUACCUUGGGUUUUUGUACAUUAUAGUAUAUAAAAGUUUAUAUUAAUUUUACAAUUGGUCUUUUUUUUUACUUUCCCAUGCACCACAUCUGUAUUACAUUCAUGUGCAUGUAAAGGCAGACGUCCCAAAACUUUUGGCAAUAUAACGUGUGUUUAAAAUAACCAUACAAACUUCACCGCUUGAUAUUCAGACAUUAGACAGACAUUCGGAAGCGGUAGUUUAGGGACCGUCGACAAAUUUCUGUACGACUGAAAUGUGGUACUUGCCCCAGUUAUUCUAAUUU